ACACUUCUCGCGAGAAGUGAGAACUGAUGUAGAGAUGGAGCCACAAAGUUUUUCUUUGUGGUUUAGAUUGAUUAAAACAAAAACCUUACGGUAUUUAUUUGCUCACAAAUGUUAGACAAGUAUCAUGACUGUGACCACCCUCUUGAACAUAUACACAUUGCUUAACGACACAAGCAUGUCACUGCUCACCACGGUCGAGAAAGCUAUCAAGUCAUGCAAAGCUGAACAAGGCAAGAUUAAUGACUGCAUUCAACUCUACAGAGAAAUACUACACGCCCUAACAUCACAACCUCAGACACCCACUGACGAGUCAGAAUCAACAGAUGAUGCUGCUACAGAUACAGAUACCUCACCAGGGGAGAAAGAAGAUAUAGAAUUGCUUGAGCGAGCACUGGAGAAAGCCCUUUGGGUUCGCACUGGCACAGGGCCUUUGAAAAAAGGUGCUGACAGAAAUCAACAAUCUGUACCUGGAAAGGAACCAGCUACUACAAUUGCCACAUCCAAAGAAGCAUUUAUAGGAAAUCAGACAAACAAUAGAUCAACUUCUAAAUCUGCCAGUCUUGACAGAAAGGAGCACAGAAAGCCUGUAACAUCUGUAUCCUCCAUGGUGGGCUCAAGACCUUCAGCUAGCUACAAUCGUGGAAAGUGCAAUACCACAAUAAAUAGAAACUUAAUCCGGAGCCGUUCUGUCUCAUCAUCGGGGACUGUUCAUCGCCAGACUGCAAGGAAAUCGCAGCAGGCUGUCUCGGCAUCUGGCAGUCUUGAUCAUGAUGACACAGGAGCUCACAGAUUACCUCAACAGAAUGGGAUACCUUUUGAGCAGGCAACAAAAUGGAAGUCUCUGAGGAUCAAGCAAAACAGGUUGUGGGACAAAGUAAUUGCUGUGCAAAGGAAACCUGUGCCUGGGAGGAGUCACUUCAUGGAGAGAAUGAGUGCUACGUUCCCCAAGGAUUGGCCGUGUGGUAGCCCAGAUCAGACCAGGGUUUUGGUCGACAGGUUGACUCACCAGGGGCAUAACCUCAUCGAGCACUACCAGACACAGGAGCUUCUGGAAAAACAGACCAUAGAAGGCGUCACAGAGCUGGGUAGUAAAGCAAACAAGAGUGAUUCCUAUCUGACACCUGAAAAGUUUCAGAUGACAGCAGCAGAGCUCCAGAACUUCACAGACCAAAUGAAACAAGAGUGGGAAGCAUGGGAUCGAUGGAGGCCAGAGGGAGGUUGUCUUUGCCCCGUUGGGGCAAAUGGCGAGUGGGGAGAUGGGAUAAUUGCACCCCUGCCCCUGACUGUAACCUACACAACAGAGGCAGAGCUCAGAGAGCUGGAGAAGCUGAGGUUUAGGGUGGCACUGCUGCAACAGGAGAUUUACCUCGAACAGGCUCUGUCGGACACUCUGUCCCCACAGCUUUCAUCUGUUGUACCUGGAUGUCCAGACCACAGUGUGCUGAGAGACAUGUACUCCCUGCUGGGUGAAGGUGGGGAGCGUUUCCCUGCCAUAGUCCUGGACUCUGAGCCUGACUGACUACUGAGCAUAUUAGACUGUAUUACCAAUUUAUAUGGUACUCUUGUACAAUCUAAUGCAAUCCCUGUUUGUCCAUCCCAUUCAUGCAUGAGAGGGACAACAUAUUAGAAACAACUCUCAUUAUAGUGCAAUCCCGUGCAACACCGUGUGAAUGAUAGCCUUUCUGACAAGCUCAAUAAAACAUGAACAUUAUAAACUUCACAAAAAUGGGAUUAUCGCAGGACCAAGAGUAACAGGUGUACCUAAUAAGCCCAAGUAAACCCAGUAAUAUUCAUUCAUUUUUGAAAUUAUUUAGAAGAAUGUUGUUUUGUGUGCUGUGACUGUAUUUAAUCUGUCUGAUGCCAUGUAAUAAUGUGCAUGAUGGAAAAAAACAAGAAUGAGAUUGUCCUUCUUUAAUGUUGUUUCUGAUUUUGAAUUACACUGGUUACAAAAUGUUGACAUAAAUCUGUACAAUAUCACAAAUACUACAUGAUAUCAGCAUGUGGCCAAAUAGAUUUUACAGUCUGAAUGUUUGUAAUUCCUGUUGGUCUUCUUAUAAAUAUUUUACUUUGAACA